CAUGCUUUUACAUUAUUUAAGUAUUAUAUUGGCUCUGGCUCAGUGGAUACCCUAAACCCCGUUAUUUCUCAGGUGCUACAUCUUUAUCUAAGGCGGGGAGAAUGGGUGCGUUACAGCGGUGCGUCUUGGGACGGUCGCGUCUUGUUGAGCGCUGGCCGCUCUAGUGCACCAAACAGGAGAGAAGAGCUUUCUACCGUUGUGUUUCUGCUAUGCGGCAGAGUGCAGAGCAGAGCAGAGCCGGGAAGGGAAAUGGUUGUGUGUCUCUCUGCUUCUCUCUCACUGCCCCACUAAUGUGUUCAGCUAAAACCCUCUCACUCACACCAUCUUUAAUUUCACGAUCACGCCGCUGGAGAGAGCGCAGCCGCGAGCGACGGUCAAAAGACCUAGUGGGAUCUAAUAGUCGGUUGUUGUCGUCGGUAGGAGAGGAGCUCGCGUUAACGGCUUUCUUUUCUUUUUAUUCCAUUUCAUUCUCUCUAUUCCUCGUCCGUAACCGUUUCUUCAGCAUGGUUUUAAAUUGCCUGUCAAGAGAUUUUACGCUGCUUCGGAGGCGGUUCAGAGCCGUUCCGUACCUCAAGAAGGUCGCCCUAGCCGACAUUGGAAGACAAUAACACGGGAAUCGCGUGGGUGAUGUUAACAGUCGCUCCAGUCGACGUUGGAAGCCAAUAACACGGGAAUAGCGUGGAUGAUGUUAACGAAAACUGUACAGUCUAUGAAUAUGUCACCGUAGCUCGUACUGUCCAGUGCAGUAAACGGAAAUCCACUGCCUUUUAAAACAAAGCCGGGACUGCAAAGUUGUAGCGGUGGCUGGGGGGAGGGGGGAGGGGUGCACCACCACCAAACGGAAAUCCAGGUGGCAGACGAAGGAGAAGGAAAAGCAGCAAUGCAGGACUACUCGGAGAGAGGAGCAAGGGAGCCUUGAGGCGAGCUAGCCCCCUUGUCUGCCUGGCCCGCGUGCCUGCAAGGGGAUUUCUAUCAGACAGAGGAGAGAGAGAGAGAGGGGGGAAAUCUGAGGCGCAACUGGAUGCCUGAUCCCACCGGGGCUGAGCCGAGCAUCCCCUGCCGCAUAGCGCUGCGCUGAGCCCGGCCACACCGCCAGCAUGACUGUGGUGGCCGGUGAUAACAUGGAUGAGACGUCCACCCUGCCGGGGCACCUGCAGGAUACCUACCCACCAGACCACGAUGACCAUGAGUGCUGCGAGAGGGUUGUCAUCAACAUCUCGGGGCUGCGCUUCGAGACCCAGCUAAAAACGCUCAGCCAGUUCCCCGAGACGUUAUUAGGUAACCCCAAAAAGAGGAUGCGCUACUUCGAUCCGCUCAGAAACGAGUACUUUUUCGACCGGAACCGGCCGAGUUUUGACGCUAUUCUAUAUUACUACCAGUCCGGUGGGCGGUUGAGGAGGCCCGUUAACGUUCCUCUGGAUAUGUUCUCUGAGGAGAUCAAGUUUUACGAGCUCGGGGCAGAGGCCAUGGAGAAGUUUAGGGAGGACGAGGGCUUUAUUAGGGAAGAGGAGAAACCUUUACCAGAAAAAGAGUUCCAACGGCAGGUCUGGCUGCUGUUUGAAUACCCGGAGAGCUCGGGACCUGCCCGAGGGAUUGCUAUAGUAUCCGUGAUGGUUAUCUUAAUUUCAAUAGUCAUAUUCUGUUUGGAGACGCUGCCGGAACUCAAAGAGGACCCCAGGGGUAGGAUGGAAACUGUAGGCAACGUGACAUUCUAUUACAAACCAAAUAUUCUCACAGACCCUUUCUUUAUUGUGGAGACCCUGUGUAUCAUCUGGUUCUCCUUUGAGUUGAUAGUGCGGUUCUUCGCCUGCCCUAGCAAGGCCGCCUUCUUUAAAAACAUGAUGAACACUAUAGACAUAGUAGCCAUCAUCCCCUACUUCAUCACGCUGGGCACCGAGCUGGCAGAGGACCAGGAGGGGAAGGAGAAACCAAGCGAGCAGGCUGCGUCUCUGGCCAUCCUCAGGGUCAUCCGGCUGGUCAGGGUGUUCAGGAUCUUCAAGCUGUCCAGACACUCCAAGGGUCUCCAGAUAUUGGGACAAACCCUCAAAGCCAGUAUGAGAGAGCUGGGCCUCCUCAUCUUCUUCCUCUUCAUCGGAGUCAUCCUCUUCUCCAGCGCAGUCUACUUCGCCGAGGCGGAGGAGAAGGAAUCCUUCUUCACGAGCAUCCCCGACGCCUUCUGGUGGGCUGUGGUCUCCAUGACAACAGUGGGCUACGGGGACAUGUACCCGGUGACCAUCGGGGGAAAGAUAGUGGGCUCGCUCUGUGCCAUCGCCGGAGUGCUGACCAUCGCGCUGCCGGUGCCUGUGAUCGUGUCCAACUUCAACUACUUCUAUCACCGGGAGACGGAGGGAGAGGAGCAGGCGCAGCUUCUAAACGUCAGCAACCAGGACCUUAAUUCGGACAGCAACUCCUCCCGCCGCAGCUCCAACUCUAUCGCCAGCAAGUCAGAAUACAUGGAGAUAGACGAAGGGAUCAAUAACAGCAUUGAUAACUUUAGGGACGCGAAUCUUAGAACUGCUAACUGUACUUCUGUCCUCAACCAGAACUGCGUUAAUAAGGGAAAGCUGCUGACCGACGUUUAGAAUCUAUAGAUUCAUUCUACAUGGCAGGAAUCAUCGGGAUCUCCACGUGACAUCAUGGGGAUAUGAUGAAACACCGUUCGUUGUAAAUGUUGUAGAAAUAUUCCGAAUGCUUGAUUUAACUUCGUUAAUGCGUUUUUUGCAUUGCGUUUUAUUACAUUUGAAUGAAUAGAGAGAAAACUGUUUCCACAAAAAGAGGAUGAAAAGGUUUGCUUGACUCAAAAUGGGAAUGAUGAGGGUUAUAAUAAUAUUUGAUAUUUAUGUUCCUGACGUGAUGGAGAUCUACUGGAAAACAACUGUCACCUGAAAUAUUAAACGGGAAAAGACAACAUGCUCAUUGAAGAAGAAACGGUUUUGCAUGGGAUAAUGGAUAACAGGCGGAACUCGGGGAGGGUGAGUUGCGCACUGCACUGCAUCUGCUGAAGGAAGCGAAAGGGAAUAUGAAAUAUGGAAUCUCAGCUCUCAGCCCGUACGCAAGCGCACUCACGCACAAGAAGCAUCCGCAGUCAGAUAGAGAGAGAGAUAGAUGUCGACCACACGUUGUCCGUAAGGUGCAGUGUUCUGAUGACGCUAGUUACCGGGGAUCAGUUAAGCACUUUAUCACAAUAGAAAAGAAUAGAAAACAAAGAGAUGAACUAACACUGGUCUCUUGCUGCCAGGAGACGUGAUGCGAAGUGGGGCUGUUUGGAGACGAGAUGACAUCUGCAACGCUGCUACUUUCUUUCCCAGCAGAUGCUGAAACUGAAACACCACUCUAAUCCCAUGGGGUAUGACGACAACAUGAUGAUGAUGCCAUGCAAGAUAAUAAUCUUAAUAAAAAAAUUAAAAAUAAUAAUAAAACUCGAAAUUAGCAUGUUGAGACACUCUUCUGUUUUAUAUUAAUGGCAUGCGGGAGACAUUACCUCAUGUAAUGUUGUAAUUAUUCUCUUUCUUUUUAAAAACAACAGCCUGUAUUAUAUUCUCCUCCUCUCUGAUCCCAGACGAUGACAUUCUCUCUUUUUAUGGUUUGGUUUUUUUCUCUCUCUCAUUUGGUUUCACCAAAAGUGCACUGCUUAUUUAUUAUUUAAAGUUAUUACUUAUUUAGGAGCAUUUAAGUGCUGAAUGUUGUAAUCUUAAGGGAACAGAAAAACUUUUUUUUUUUUUGAAGAUCAUGGCAUGUCAAACUACUAAGCAUUAUGGCCUACCUAAUUACGGUACUAUGUAUCAUGGUAUAUUCAAUGCAUGACGUCAGUAUUAAAAUAGCUUGCGGUUGACGGGGAACCUUGGGGAUGCAGCACGAGGACGAUUCUUUCUCCUCCUCAUCGUUCUGUUGACAGACAGCUUCGAGACAGGACGCGUCCUAUUGGGCGCGCGUGACGGAACGUAACUACUGUUUGACUGGACAAGACCGGACUGGCCUGGUACUUGGCCCAAAGGCCCGGAUGAAAAACCUCAACCACAACAAAACAGAGGAGGAGCCAUAUCGGGAUACCAAACCCCCCCUCCCCACUAAAAAAAAAAAAUACAUUUCAUGGUUAGCUUCUGCUUCUGUGCAUGGACCUUAUUACCCUCAAUAAGAAAAUCUGAACAACAUCAUUUUUUUUUUUUUGUGAAUUGUGACUUCCAUAUUGCUAUUGAUUUUUACAGCAUUUAUGUAUUUAUUUUAUACAUAUUAUAGCCUUUACAGAACAACAUUGAAAUACGGAAACAAAAUUGCAUAGAAAAACAAAAUAGUCAAAUGAGUUUGCUAGUGCCUUGAAGCCUCUAUCUAUGUCCUACAGACUCAAAACGGAAGUGCCUCCCUGGACAAUAGUAAACUAUAUUAGAACAGAACAGAUCACUUCCUCUAUCCGGGCAUAAACAGGCACUAUUAUACUACCAACCAACCUGCACAGUCAGAAGGAGGGUGACGGUUAAACAGUAACAUAGAAUAUGAAGUCAAUGGGUUUUAAUGGUUCCCAGUACAGACUGUAAUAUAGGCCCUGAGGGCAGAGAGUAACAACACACACAGCUGGCCAGGAGGAGAGAGGCAUGACACAGGGAUGCAGAGAGGAAGAGAGGGGAAGAGAGGAAGGAGAGA